GUAAUUACCUUAGCCUGCUUUGUAGCCUCUGUAGAGACUUUGCCUUCGCGCGGCGCUCCUGCUCUUCAAAAGGACCCUUGCAUUUGCCCUUAUCAACGUGGAUAUGCUGUAUGUUCUAUAGGCUUUUCAAUUCCUUUAAGUUCUUCUGCGGCGCGCCCGGGGCGAGGUCGACCGGCCAGAUGUCCCAGCUAGCAAGUGUUUUGGACGCGGCCGAUGGGGAUGCGGACAACGCGCAGCCUGGAACCAAUGGAGCAGAGCCAGGGGUGACGACAGCCUACGAGGACCACGUAGCUCGUCUUAAGGCGGAGGCUGAAGCGCAGGAUGCACAGAACCGUCUCCGUGUUGCCCAGGAGCAGCUCGCUGAGUACGCAGUACAGAAGGAGGCAGAUGCUAACGAUCUACUGCAGGAAGCCGAUAAGCUUAAGGAGGCGCUGCGGCAGCUGCUGGAGCAGCCCGGCAGCACAGCGGGGGAGCUGCAGCAGGUGGCGCAGCUGUAUAACGCGCUGCGUGAGAAGGUUGUUGACGCGGUCACAGAGGCGCGCGCCUUCGCCGCGCAGCAGCAGAGUGACCUCGCCACGCUCAAACGCUCCAGCGCGCAGGCGGACCUGCACACGGACGUGGAGAUGAAGCGCGCACGUGACGAGCCGGGGUCUUCGGGCGACGCAGAGGAGGCGGAGGAGGAAGAGGAGGACGAGGAGGCUGUCGAGCCGGAGCGCGGCAACAUCGGCUCGCAGCCGGCGGGCCAGCCCAGCACUAGCACCAGCUUCGCAGAGCGCGCGCGCUACAUCCCGCUGCGCCUCACACACGACGAGCGCAAGUUGCUACGGCUGCUGGAGUCGGCGCUCAACGUGAGCGAGUACACGGACAAAGUCGACAUCCUGAGCUGGCGGAGCAAAAACCAGCGCAUCCACGCGCAGAUCAAGGACUUGUGCGCCAUCCUGUCUGGGCUCAUGGUUGCGGCGGACUAUAAGAAGGGGCAGGAGCUGAUUCGGGACCGCAACUUCGCCGACAACGCCGAGUUCUUCCAGGACAUCUUCGAGCUGGGGCGACGAUACAAGAUCCUCAACCCGGACAAGAUGCGCAGCGAGUACGGCAAGCUGAUGUACAUGCUGAUGGACAGCUCAGAGCCGGCCAUCCAGGAGCUGCUGGAGUUCCGCUGCGUGCGCACGCUGCGCACCGUGUACGUGUUCCUGGAGGAGCGCGGCGGGCUGGCCAUGCUGGACGACGCGCUGAUGCACACGGCCACGGCGGAGAUCAUCUCGGGCGACCGCCCCCGCCACGAGAUCCAGCGCGACAUCAAGCUCAAGGAGAGGGCGCGCGAGACGCUGAGCCGCAGGUACCGCUCCAACCGGCUGAGCGAGGAAGACAUCCUCACCUGCAUCUACUCCCUGUCCGACAACAACUCCUACCUGCUCUUCAACCGCGACCCCAUCGACCGCUUCAUCCUCUACUUCCACCGCUACUUCAAGGCCGACACGCACGAGCCUGGCUACUCGCUGGCCAUCCAGGGCGGUCGCGACGGCGCGCGUCUCACGCACAACCAUGAGCGGCAGUACCACUACGUGCUGCAGUCGUUGUCGCUGUGGCGCGAGAUCAGCACCGAGAUGUUCAAGCUGUGGUACCUAGCGGAGACGGACAUGCUGCGCGAGGGCAACAACUACCGGCUGUGCGACACGGGCCAGGGCCUCAAUCGCGUGCAGUCGGCGCCCUCGGUCGGCCGUGCCAUGCAGCAAAUCCUGGGCAGGGUGCAGCAGCGCAUUGGGUCGUGGGUGGGGUCCUCGGUGGUGCACCUGGGCGACCACAACGUGCCCAACGCGCUCAUGUUCAUCGACAAGUACACGCAGGUGCCACGCAUCCUGAACCCGGUGGUGGCGGUGCUGGAGGAGCUGCCCAAGCUGUACCGCGACCCCAACCUGCGCGCCUACAUCGACGGCACGUUUGGCGGUGUGGAGCAGUGCCGCAAGUCCAUCCUGGUGGACUUCUGCCGCCACGCAUUUGACGGCUCUGGCGCAGACAACUUCUUCGACGCCGGCAGCUGCAUUGACGGCCGCCUGACCAGCGCCUGGAACUGGUGCAGCAAGCUGGAGAAAAAGUCGUACUACUACGUCUUCAAGCUGGCUGGCUGGAGCGGCUUCGAUGGCGAGGUCAAGUCGUAAAUUGUGUUCGUUGGUCAAAGGACACCUAGCCUUGUGUAAGGGUGUGUUGUAUGGCUGCGUGCGGCGGUGCGUGGUGUCAGGUGAUGAACGCGGGUAGGAGUGAUGGGCUUGGUAAUCCGCCUGCGGUAAUUGGCAGGCGAUGUACGGGCGUAGGACAGCGUCGCUCGGACCUUGCAAGGUGCGGAGCACGUUGUCAGGCUUGCCGAGAGGUCCGCGCUAAUGCUCCUCGGGUGGCUAGUCGGGUUUCAAUACCCAUACCGUAACUAGGCAACAUUCGGCUGGCCUGGGACUAGCAGAACGUGGCAGGCCCAUGUGGCGAGAGUCAUGGACGCCACCUGCGGAGCCGCGAGCCGGUCUGUCAGUGAGAGGCUGCAGAGUGCAGUCGAGGGUGCAGAAGUCGAGAGAGGAGUGCAACGGAGAGUGGAGAGCGCGAGGGUUUGCUGCGAGACUUGCGGGGAAGGUAGGUGAAGGUGUCACUGUGUUGCAGUGCUGUGUCUUGCAACCAGGAUCAGAAAGCACCCGAUAACUAUGGCUAGACCAGGGGACGCUGGGAUAGAUCCUGCGAAGAUGCUUGACCCGGUCCAGCUGUUUCAGGCGACAAGUCAGCAGGCAGGGCCUGAACGUGGUGGGCUUCCUGUGUAAACACAGACGCUU